AUGACGCUCCAUGGGCAGUCCGAGUUCGACGUGUUCGCCAAGCCCGUCGUGUCGGCCGAAGGUGCCAGUGUGUUCUACAUGUACGAUGGCUACGCCAAAUUCGUGGAGGGAGACAAGACGCUCACGUAUUCGUACGUGAAUGACGCUGGGCAUUUGCCCACAAACGACGGAGAGAAACAGAACGCCGAGUGCAUUUCAUCGACGACGCUGCCAUUCCACAUCUUGCCUGCGCUGAACGACGCGACGCCCAUUCCAAGCGCGUCCAUAGGCGACGAAGGCGUCGACUAUGAGAGUGGCAGCCUCUUCAAGACAACGUUCGCUGGAGCUCAGUUCGCUAUUUGUUCGUCGGGUAAGGCGGAUUUCACGGCGUACAGCAGCGACUUUGACAUUAACGUGGAGUACUUGGACUCCUCCGUCAAGGUUGAGGAACCAGCGCUGAGUGCUGGAGCGUCGUGUGCUGCCGUGGCUCAGCCAAGCUCCGUGACGCCUAAUACGCUGGCCUUGCUGACGGGUAGUACUAUUCCACUCGGUACUUCGAGGAAGCUGAAGACCGCAGAGGACAUGGCCAUGGAAGCGUCUUCGUGCAAGUGCAAGUCGAAGCCUCGUCCGUGCGUCUUCUUCCACGGUAUCGGCAACCGGAACGAGAUGGAGGAGCUGCAGGACACGGCCAAGAAGGCCAGUGGUCGCAUGGGCAACAUGAACAAGCACACCCCCUGCUGCACCGAGGUCAAGUACGCCAUCUUGAACACGAUGGACUAUAGCUGGACUAACGACACACUCGAGCAAAAGUUCUGCGAUCGCGCUCUCAGAUUGAGCGACACUAGCGACGCAGAGCUGGGAAUCAUCCGAGACACGGUCUUGGUGACGCACUCGAUGGGCGGCCUCGUCAUGUCAAUGGCGUUAGCUACGGGCAAGUGCAGCUUUGGCGAGGGUACAACGUGGGUGGCUUCGAGCUCGCCCAUGCUGGGGAGUAUGGCGUCGGACUACUUCCAGGAUUCUGCACCGACGAGAUCAGACAUAUACGCGUCCGAGGCGCUGAACGCGGCCUAUGAACUUGCUCAAGAAGCCUACAGAGGCAACUCUCCAGAGAACGACGCCCUUGUGGAGUUCCAGAGCUGCGCGAUAGGCCUCGACGAAUCGAAGUUUGGCAAGAGUUACAAGGACAAGUUCUACAAACCGGAGCUGAAUCAUGCAGACACGGUGUUUUUGACUGGCGAUGGGUACUUCAAAGACUCCCAGAAGUCUGUCAAGUGGUUCGAGUGUCUGCUGUAG